AUGACUACCAGAAGAAUAGCAAAGGAUGAUGAUCUUCUAGAGAAUUUAGCUCCCAAUGACUACUCAGCCCAUUCAAUAUCAUCGCCGAAUGCAGCUGGUUUUCCCGGUUGCAUUGGCUUCUCUGCUUGUGCUAGGAGCCGUACGAGUUGCACUCGAUAGUUUGAAGAACAACGAGUCGUAUUUUCUUUGGCAAUCCCGUUUGGCAGGAAGCAGAAGGCCUAGACUUCCAAUUAUUGUUUCUGAAGAUGAGCUGAUUGAAGAUGGCUGCGAUGUGUUUGAAGGAAAAUGGGUAUGGGAUAAUUUAAGCUACCCGCUUUAUAGAGAAGAGAGUUGCCCUUACUUGGUUAAACAGGUUACCUGCCUUAAAAAUGGAAGGCCUGAUUCUUUGUAUCAAAAUUGGAGAUGGCAGCCUAAUGGAUGCAACCUGCCUAGGUUUGAUGCAUUGAAGUUGCUAGAGAUUUUGAGGGACAAAAGGCUGAUGUUCAUAGGGGACUCAAUACAGAGAGGAAUGUUCGAGUCUAUGGUCUGUUUAGUACAAUCCGUAAUUCCAGAAGGAAUGAAGUCUCUUGAAAGGAUUCCUCCCCGAAAAAUUUUCGUUAUUGAGGAGUUUAAUGCAUCGAUCGAGUACUAUUGGGCACCCUUCAUUGUUGAGUCUAUUUCAGAUCAUGCUACGAAUCACACUGUACUAAAACGAAUGGUCAGGCUUGAUUCCAUAGCUAAGCACAGCAAAGAGUGGGAGGGAGUUGACAUUUUGGUUUUUGAGAGCUAUGUAUGGUGGAUGUACAAACCUUUGAUCAAUGCAACAUAUGGAUCUCCAGACGAUGUUAGAGAAUACAAUGUAACAACUGCGUAUAAGCUGGCCAUGGAAACUUGGGCAAAUUGGAUAGAGACCAGAAUCAACCCUCGCAAUCAAAAGAUCUUUUUCAUGACCAUGUCCCCGACGCAUCUGUGGAACUGGGAGUGGAAGGCUGGAAGUGAAGGUAACUGCUUCAACGAGUCACACCCCAUUGAAGGGCCACACUGGGGCACUGGUUCCAGUCUUGACAUCAUGGGAUCAGUGAAAGAUGUUUUAGGAAAAUUGAAAGUGAAUGUUAGAUUGUUAAACAUUACACAGCUAUCAGAGUACAGGAAAGAUGGCCAUACUUCAGUAUUUGGCGAACGUAAAGGGAAGCUCUUGACCAAAGAACAGAGGUCUGAUCCAAAAACGUAUGCUGAUUGCAUUCACUGGUGCUUGCCAGGCAUCCCAGACGUAUGGAAUGAGAUUUUCUAUGCAGUUCUUUUGCAGGAUUACCGUAAUAAUUCAGGAAUUGCAUGAUUUGUCCUCGAAUUUUUCCAUCUUGCUUUGACCAACUUCUCAGGUAUUUCAACAUUAACAUAUGGAUAUCCUAGUAGUAAGACCAGAAAUGUUCAACCGAGAGCUUUCUCAGUUAUGCUAGAAAUGAGUAUGCAUGCCACAUAUGUAGCAGAUUUUCACGUUUAACAUCAUUGAACAGACUUGCAAGUCUCUGCAAGAAGACUAUUGAGAUGCUUACUGUAGCAGAAAUCGUGUAACCUUUUUAGCUGUAGGACGCACCAAUAAAGCAUGGAUAUCGUUCUAAAGGCUGCAUUUUGAACGGAAGUUCAACUGUUGCACUAAUUUCAUCUAAUGCAAUUUAAU